CAGGCGCUCGUGUGUUGGGAGCGGGACCGUUUGGGGAUGGGAACAUCAUGAGACAUAAAGUCGGUGAAAUUCCAUGGGAGACUGCAAGUUGUCUGUUGCACCUGAAGAACAAAGCGCGUUACUUCGGACAAAAAGGCCGAUACACGUGAAUUGAGGAAAGUUCUCUGUACUGUACCUAAAAGUGCUACACACUUUAUUUCGGACAUAAAGGUUGCUACAGUGAAGCAGACACGAAUUUUACAAUAUUUCCGAAAGAGGAAACAUGUUUCUACAGACAGAAUACUCGGAUACCCUGAAUACAUGCUAACUGUUUGACAAGUUGUUUUUUUUUCUUUGUCGACGUACUAAUUCCUUGAGCAUAGAAUCAGUGCAAGUUCCGCGCACACGUGAAGCGCGAGUGGACGGAGGACGUGGAUUUAUCUGUCACUUUUCAUCGUUAUAGAGGACUGAUCAGCUCAGGCUCUACCAUUUGAACUGACGGGGAUCAACAAAGGCUUCUAUUUGACAACGUUCUCUUGGUAGGUAAUCCAGCCAGUUCUUUCAAUUCUACUACCACUUAGUAGCAAACACAAUAAAGAAAACAGUGACGCUGAAAGAAAGUGAUGUUUUCAUAGACGGGGAAAAUGCUUUCCUAGCAACCCAGCAGUUUCUGCAGCUUAUUAUUUAACAUAGCGACAAAGACAAAGAGACGUGGGUUAGAAGUUAGGUUGUCAUAUAUAUUUUUUUCUUGUCUUUCGAAAUUCCUAGAAACUUCUUUGGCAUCGUCUUCCUUAUUGAGAACCAUUCUCGGUAAUCACUUUUGAGCGUUCAUUGGAUCGUCAAUACUUCAUACACUCUGUCAGACUUUGGCGUGAGUAAAGCGGAGUAACCUGAAACGAUAACAGGAAAUCUAAUACAGUGACAACUGGCAAGAUAAUAUAGUUAGUAGACAAGAGCAACAGUGGAAAAGAAAAUAAGCGUAUGUUUAACUUUGAGUGCUGUACAUGAUAAAUAUAUUAAACCCUUUCUGUUUUAUAAUUUAAUUUGAAGUCUGUAAUCCAAGUUAGACAUCGUCCCCCCUCCUCCCUUUUCCACUAAAAUAAUAUUUAUUAUCGAAACUCUCCUAUCGGAAGUAUGGCAGUCCUAGGAGACGUCUCGAGGAAUGCCAGGGAGAAAUCCCCGGACCCCAGACUCAACAGCAAAACGACGGAAAUGGCAAACAUUUUAACGUACGACGUUAGCGAAAGCGAGUACGCAUCACUCCAAAACGAGACGUUCACUAAUAAUGAUGACGUCAACGGGGAUUACAGCAGUAUAUUCCAGACUCCCGCUGUCACGCCCGUCCUACAAGCCAGCGCAAACAACAACAAUAACAACAACAACACGGUUUUCAUAGAGGAAAAUUUCAACCUCAGUACUCUCCUCGGCUUAGACAUGAACGACAGUAAUUCUUCUGUAGGAAACGUCACAGAAGUGCCUCCUUACAACCUGCCACGACUCAGUGUUGAGAUUCAGAUCGCUCUCUAUUCCAUCAUCUUUGUGCUAGCCUUGGUGGGCAAUCUCCUCAUCAUCAUCACCCUCAUCCAGAACAAGCGGAUGAGAACUGUGACCAACGUGUUUCUUCUCAACCUGGCCAUCAGUGACCUACUUUUGGCUCUCGUCUGCAUGCCCUUCACACUCGUGCCGGUUUUGCUCAUGGAUUUCGUUUUUGGGAGUUUCAUGUGUGUCUUCAUCAGAUAUCUUCAAG